AUGGCAUCCUACUUCUACACUAGUUCUGUGCCUGUAUUCUUGUGUGCAUUCUAUGUCAUUCAGGCCUUGAAAUUCAGUCAUUCCAAAGCCUUCACAAAUAUAAGAUGCAUUGGCGCCGAGAAGGAAGCUCUUUUGAAGUUGAAGCAGGAUCUCUCCGAUCCUUCGAGACGUCUGUGGUCUUGGACUGGCGAGGAUUGUUGUGAGUGGGAAGGAGUCGGAUGCAGCGAGAGAACUGGUCACGUCUCGAAGCUCGAUCUUCGCAAUCCUUGUGAUGACUUUGUGAAGUGCAUAUUGGAAGGUAAGUUACAUCCUGCUCUUAAAGAACUGAAGCAUUUGAAGCAUCUAGACCUCAGCUUCAACAAUUUUUCAAUACAAAAAAUUCCGGCGUCCUUAGUUUUUCUUCGGAAACUGGAGUAUCUCAAUCUCUCAUCUACAGGAUUCUAUGGAAAUAUUUCUAAUCAACUUAGUAACCUUUCCAGCUUACAGUACUUAGAUCUUAGUCUAAACCCAAUAAAAACAGAGAACCUCCGAUGGCUAUCCACAUUUUCUAACUUGAAGUACUUGGACCUGUCUUAUGUCCCCCUUCUCAACCGCAAAGAAUGGUUAAGUCCUAUCAACAUGCUUUCCUCCCUAGAGUAUUUAAUUUUGAGUGGAUGUGUUUUGGAAGAUGCUUCAGCUUCUCUGCAUGUCAAUUUCACUUCUCUUAGAUACCUCGAUCUGAGUAACAACUUCAUGAAUUCAUCUGUUCCUCCUUGGUUUCUAAAUUUGAGCAAACUCGAACAUCUUGAUUUAAGCUAUAAUGAUCUCCAAGGCACAUUCCCCCCUGCCAUCCUUGAAAAUAAUCGGUGGCUUAGAUUCCUUGAUAUCUCUCAAAAUAGGUUGGGAGGUGAACUUUUGGAAAAUAUGAGCAUUUUCUGCGAUCUGCAAGUACUAAGCUUGCGUGCUAACAACUUUAGUGGGAGUAUUUCUGAAACCAAGGACAAUGCUUUGAUUUGUGGACGAAGUAACCUGAAGAUUAUUGAUGUUUCCUUCAACAAUCUUAGUGGUAACCUACCCAAUCAAUUUGGGAAUUUCAAAGAUCUCGAAUUCCUUGAUCUUUCGUUGAAUUCGAUUUCAGGUCCUAUUCCCGCUACUAUGGGUCAGCUACCAUCUUUGAGAAAGUUGCACCUCUCUUUUAACAGAUUGAGUGGAAACAUUCCCGAAAGUAUUGGGCGACUAUCCAAUCUAGAGCUGAUGCACUUUGCUAAUAAUCAAUUAAGUGGAGUUGUUAGUGAACUUCACUUUGCCAAUCUCACAAGCUUGACCGAGUUGUAUAUUUAUUCGAACGAGCUUGUCAUAAAUGUUAGCACAUCUUGGAUUCCUCCUUUCCAGAUUCAAAAUAUUUUCAUGUCAAGUUGCAAAGUGGGACCAGAGUUCCCAAACUGGAUUCGAACACAGAGCAACAUUUCAGCAUUAGACAUGUCAAAUGCUAGCAUCUCAGAUGAAGUUCCCCACUGGCUAUCAGAUGUUUUAUCCAAUGUUAAACUAUUGGAUCUCUCGCAGAAUAUGCUUAGAGGCACCAUUGCUCGAAUUAUUGGAAAAAAGAUGCCAUUAUUAAUCCAAGUGUCACUUUUUGGAAAUAACCUUAGCGGUGGCAUUCCAAAUUCGUUGUGCAUGCUAGAUGGAUUGAAUUAUCUUGAUCUAUGUAGGAACCAACUAUCCGGGAGACUUCCACGAUGUUGGAGGAAGUCGCAAGCAAAUUUGCGAUGGAUUUCAUUGGGAGACAACAAGUUCAAUGGUCAGAUUCCAAACUCCCUAUGCCAUUUAAAGCAAUUGAAAGUUCUAGGCCUACAAGAAAAUGACUUUCAUGGAGUGCUUCCAAAAUGUUUGCUAAAGCUGGAUUUUAUAAUGCUCGAUCUCAGUGACAAUCAAUUCACCGGUAAAAUACCUCCGUUUGGACGACACUCUCGAUCGUCUAGGAUAAUCGAUCUUGGGACAAAUGGCUUCACUGGGGACAUUCCUUUGGAGCUAUGCCAUCUUUCUAAUCUCCAGUAUUUAAGCCUAGCACAUAACAACCUAUCCAAAGGCAUUCCCCGUUGUUUCAACAACUUUUCACGGAUGUGGGUCAAUUCCACUUUUUCUCCAUAUGAGGGAGUCCCGUCGCUCUUUCCCAUUAUGGUUGAUAUGAAAGGAACAAGCCGAGAAUUCACCACCACUCUCCGAUAUUUAUUUUCCAUUGACCUUUCAAGCAACGCAUUAGACGGACAAAUACCAAAAGGUCUAACUAUGCUUGCUCGACUUCAGAAUUUGAAUCUCUCUCAAAAUAAUCUGAUUGGAGAAAUCCCUUUAGAUAUUGGCAACUUGAGAGAUUUAGAAUCGCUCGAUCUAUCCAAUAACAAGCUAUCGGGUGAAAUCCCUCCUAGCAUAUCCAAUUUAGACUUUCUAAGUUGUUUGGAUCUUUCCUUCAACAAUUUAUCCGGUCCUGUUCCAUCGGGCAAUCAUCUAAGCACCCUGGACGAUCAAUCUGUUUAUCGCGGCAACGAUGGACUUUGCGGAGCUCCUCUUUUGAAGGUUUGUCCUGGAGAGGAUCAUAAUGUUAAACACAGACAAGAUGGUCACAAUACGAUUGAAGAUGAGUCUAAUGAAGACGACUCCAUUGUUGUUUGGUUUUACGUGGGAUUGGGACCAGGCUUUGCAGUGGCAUUAUUGGGAUUAUGUUGUAUAUUACAUUUCAAGCAAUCUUGGAGGAUUUCUUAUUUUUGGGCGGUGGAUAGGAUUAUCGAAAAAUUGUCGAUCACAAGGAUGAUUAUCAUACUUUGGUUCAGGAGAGCUUUCCAAUUUCAACUACGCAAAUAA